AUGGCUGCCAUCAACACCAAGCCCAUGUCCAGCAUCACUGCCGCACUUGCUGCGCAGACUGGGGGCUUUCCGAUGCAAGAUGGCAGCCAUACUAUGCCGACACCGCCCUCCUCCAUCUCCCCGACCCUCCCUGCGCACAAGCGUAGACCGGCACCCCUAGCCGGGCGGCUUCAUACUCCAGAGGAGGGGAUGGAUAUCGAUCUCCAGGACGCGGUGGAACAUGCGGCGGCGCAAGAUCUGCCCUCCGCGCUCUCCAAGGAGGCGCUAGCGGGUCUGGAUGCGACUCGCCAGAUCACUGCGCUGAUGCUAGCUAAGCACUACCUGCCAGAGAUCAUCGUCGGCCAUGGCGCGAUGCCCAUCCGUGAAAUGAUGGCGCAUCUCACCCAGUCGGUCCCGGGUUUCUCCGGACUUGCACCGGCCAAGGCGCGCAGGCUCGUGGUCGCUGCGCUGGAACACCGCGCUGGAGGUGGUGUCAAUGGAGAGAUCAAGUUCGAAAAGGUCGGAUGGGGACGCUGGAGCGUAGCUGGCUCUGGCUCUUCUGCACGCGGAAUGCCCAUCGGUGGAUCGCGUACCGGCAACCGAACACCGCCCGCCAGCGUUGACAGCGUAAGCGGGCUCCAGAUCCCCAAACAGCGCGGCGGUCGCGACGUCUACUCGGGAAGCUGGGCCGCCGGCUCAUGGUCCCCACACCGCGCCGGCGAGGACGAAGAAAUGGCCGACCAGAUGUCGCUGGAUGGCUCCGGCGACAGCACUGAAUCGGACUCGGCGUCUGACAUGGAUCUGGAAGACGAUCUCAACGACGACACUGACGAAGAGGACUGGUCCAAGAUGGGUCCUGAUGCACUUCGCGACACCCGCCGCGGACCGCGCCGCGAAUACCGAGACUACAAUUACCUAAGCCGAACUCAGACGAGCAACCCGCGCUACCGAAGCGCUUCGGCGCAGGCCCACUCUUUACCCCAGGGGCGCAAUACGACGCCUGUCUUCAAGCACAGCCUUGCUGUUCCUUCUGCAUCCCGCGGCAAUCACGUCGUGAACGCGGGCACUUCUUCCACUACACCAUUUAAUACAACAUCUGCCGGCGUCAGCAGCACCGGAGCCGAGCGCGAGGCCAUCGAAGCCCUCAUCGCCAUGGGCUCCAUGUAA